CUGUGACAGGUGACAAUAAAGCCAUAGACAAUGGCCAUAUGAAAAACACACUUUUCCAAUAUUUUUGUUUGCCAUGAGAUUCUGGUACACCAUAGGCAGGCACCUACUUACUAUUUGUCAUACAUUAACACGUAAAAUAGGCAUUUCGGCGGGCGCGCGCUGUAAGCCGAGGACAUACCUGCACAAGGCAAUGCAGACAGACCUCAACGGGAGACGCUGUUGGGGGGAAGUCCAGAUCAAAUCAUGUUGGGGAUAUUGCCUCUCCUACGAGAUAUCGGACUGGCAGUUCCCAUACAAGGAGUCUCAUCACCCAGUCUGCGUACAUGGGGGCAGGAAGCAUGCGUUGGCCAAGUUGAAGCAUUGUGAUCCUGGCGUGCAAUCUGGCACUGAGGAUUAUCAUUAUGUCGAAGCAGCUAACUGCAGAUGCCAGGUUUGUUCCUCGGACGAUACGAGCUGUGAAUGGCUACCACCAGAUUCUUCAUUACUUGGAGGACUUAUACUGAAAGAAGAGUUACAAGAAGAAAUCCCAGAAGAUGACACGGAAUAACAAUUCUAAGCUACCGUUUCUAUUUGUGCUAGUAGCUACAAAUCAAUUAUUGUCUCAAUGGAACGUUAAAUAAAUUACUUACAUGUUGCAAGAGGGUUUAUAAUGUAAGACUUUUAAUUAUAACAAUUUUAAUAUUUAAAAUAAAGUGAAUUAAGUUCGAGAAAAGCUGUUUAAAUUGAGAUUGUGAGUCUCUUUAAGGAACAGUCGAGUACUAUAAAUAUAUUGGCAAUGCCCUAUGUUUCGAAAUAAAGUAGCGCAGUAGCGCAGUCAA